CAAUAGUCGUGAAGUAUUUCCAUGAAAACAUUUUUUUAAACCAGGAAACUGAGACCUGCGUUGUUGCUAUGUUGGUAUUGAUCAAUAUCCUGCAGGUAAUGAGUGACUUUUAGAAGAGGAUGGAUCAAACGCAGAAGCUAGAGGACUCUUUCUUAGGAGAGGAGGAUGAGGUGGAGGAGGAGAGGGCCUCGGGAAAAGAGCGAGAGCCUCUGGCCAUGCUCAGAGUCUUCAGCAACAAACACUUUCCAGAGACUGAAUUCCCCCUCUUCCUCGGCGACAACGUGCUGGGCCGUGACCCCACCUCCUGCAGCCUGCCCCUCUCCGCCUGCUCCGUGUCCAAGCAGCACGCCGUCAUCUCCCUCUCCCUGCUCCGUGGCAACGGGCGCCACGGCGACGGCGCCACGGAGGCCCUGCUGUGGGACCUGGGCAGCAUGAACGGCACGCGGAAGGGCCGGCUCCGGCUCACCCCCCAGGUGCGCUACGCCCUCAGCGAGGGGGAGAGCGUGGUCAUCGCUGACCUGCCCUGUCAGUACGUCCGCGCUGCGGAGGGCGGGCCGGGGAGCACGGCGGAAGCGCCGGCCGAGGCCGAGACGGGGAGAGGAGGAGGAGGAGGGAGAGGCAAGCUGCGAAGGAUUGUGAAGGGCUGCGUGUCGGACUCCGACUCCGAGGGAGAGGUCAGCUUAAGAACGGAAAGGAGGGCGAAGCUUUUUGCUCCAGACUCGGACUCGCCCCGAGAAUCCAGCUUCUCGUGCUCUACUUUCCUCACUCCUACGAGCAGAUUUGUCCCAGAUAGUGAGGAGGACAGCUCUAUCACACCUGCUUCCUCCGGGCGACGUGACAGCUCUAAAAUGGGUAAGACCCCAAAACACGUCUCGGACAGCGACCCCGACGAGGAGGAGGCCUCUGGUUGCAGGUCCGGGGUGGAUUCCGCGGCCAAAAAGGGGAACUCUCACCCCAGCGUGACCCCCUCAGCUGUCGGGCCAGGCAAAAAAGAGGCGGAGUUCGAGAUCCACGAUUCGGAGAGCGACACGGAUGCGGAGGGGGAGGAGCCAGCGGGGAACGUCUCCGUCUCGCUGCGUGACUCGGCGGCGGUUGUCCUGCAGACGGGACCUUCGGCGGGUCCCGUAGCGCGGCCCCUGGAGUUCCACCUGGACAGCGACACGGAUGUGGAGGAGGAGGAGGAGCCAGCUCCCACGCGGGAUCAGAACUCGAACGCAAAAGCACCGGCGGCCGCCCCCGCUGUUCAGCAAACGGAAUUCCAUCUCGACAGCGACACGGACACGGAGGAUCGCACGGACGAUCGCUCCGGAUCGGCCCCCGGCGAGGGCACCAGCCCGCCUAAACCUGUUGCCGUGAAACCUCUGGAGAUCCUCUCGGACAGCGACACAGACACGGAGGAUCGCUCCGGAUCGGCCCCUGGCGAGGGCACCAGCCCGCCUAAACCUGUUGCCAUGAAACCUCUGGAGAUCCUCUCGGAUCAGACCACGAACGCAAAAGCACCAUCGGCCGCCCCCGCUGUUCAGCGAACGGAAUUCCAUCUCGACAGCGACACCGACACGGAGGAUCACACAGAGGAUCAAUCCGGAUCGGCCCCCGGCGAGGGCACCAGCCCGCCUAAACCUGUUGCCAUGAAAGCUCUGGAGAUCCUCUCGGACAGCGACACGGACGCGGAGGAAGCGGACGCCAAACCCGAGCCGCCCCCGGCCACCUCGGCGCUGGGCUUGGAGAUCCUCUCGGACAGCGGUUCGGACACGGAGGACGGAGCGUCCCUGCCGCCGUGCGCCCCCGCCGCCCAGCGGUCCGAGCCCCGGACGGCCCCGCUCGGCGCACCCCCCCCAGCGGCCCACGCCGUUUCGGAGAGCGACACCGACCUGGAGGAGGGCGACGCCGCGGAGCCACAGCCUCCGGCCAAACCCGAGGUCGACCCACAAGACUUCAACCUGGACAGCGACACGGACGUGGAGGAGGAGGAGGGGAGCGCUGGGCCUGCGGAAGGGCCUGCCAGCUCCACGCCACGGGCCUCAGCCGUGCCGGAGGAGGAACUGGAGACGAAAGCCUUCAUCAGCGCCUCAGGCCCCUUCAGGCGUCCCCUGGUUCCUCCGCCUCCGAAGGCCAAGCCCCUGGAUGACAGCCCGGAGGAGUCCGAGGAUGAGGACCUCCUUUUAGCCCCGACUCAGUGCUUUGUGUCUGACGGUCAGAAGAGCAGUCAGGCAGGGGACCCUGCAUUGGACGCCACCCAGUUGUUCCCCGUGGACACAUGUCCUUUGGAGGACCUUGAGGACCAGCCCACCCAGGCCUUCUUCCAGCCUGGGACGUCCCACUGCAGUGAGGCCACCCAGGCCUAUGACCAGGCUGACUGGGGGGACGACUCUGAGCUAGAGACAACCCAACCAUACGGGGAAGCCCCUUCUGCCAGGGGAGAGUGGCAACGACUGGAGAAAGAAAGGGAAGAAAGAGAAGAGAGGGAUAGAUUGGAGAAGGAACAGAAAGAACGAGAAGGGAGGGAAAGAUUAGAGAAGGAGCGGAAAGAACAAGAAGAAAGGGAAAGAUUGGAGACAGAACGAAAAGAACAAGAAAAGAGGGAAAGAUUAGAGAAGGAGCGGAAAGAACAAGAAGAAAGGGAAAGAUUGGAGACAGAACGAAAAGAACAAGAAGAGAGGGAAAGAUUGGAGAAGGAACAGAAAGAACGUGAAGAGAAUGAAAGAUUGGUGAAGGAACAGAAAGAACAAGAAGAGAGGGAAAGAAUGGAGAAGAAACAGAAAGAACAAGAAGAGAGGGAAAGAUUAGAGAAGGAACAAAUAGAACAAGAAGAGAGGGAAAGAUUAGAGAAGGAACAGAAAGAACGGGAAGAGAAGGAAAGAUUAGUGAAGGAACAGAAAGAACGAGAAGAGAGGGAAAGAUUGCUGAAGGAACAGAAAGAACGAGAACAGAAGGAAAGAUUGGAGAAGGAACAGAAAGAACGGGAAGAGAAGGAAAGAUUAGUGAAGGAACAGAAAGAACGAGAAGAGAGGGAAAGAUUGCUGAAGGAACAGAAAGAACGAGAACAGAAGGAAAGAUUGGAGAAGGAACAGAAAGAACGAGAAGAGAGGGAAAGAAUAGAGAAGGAACAGAAAGAACAAGAAGAGAGGGAGAUAUUGCUGAAGGAACAGAAAGAACGAGAAGAGAAGGAAAGAUUGGAGAAGGAACAGAAAGAACGAGAAGAGAGGGAGAGAUUGCUGACGGAACAGAAAGAACGAGAAGAGAGGGAAAGAUUGCUGAAGGAACAGAAAGAACGAGAAGAGAAGGAAAAAUUGCUGAAGGAACAGAAAGAACGAGAAGAGAGGGAAAGAAUGGCGAAGGAACAGAAAGAACAAGAAGAGAGGGAAAGAUUGCUGAAGGAACAGAAAGAACAAGAAGAGAGGGAAAGAUUGCUGAAGGAACAGAAAGAACAAGAAGAGAAGGAAAGAUUGGCGAAGGAACAGAAAGAACAAGAGAAGGAACGGAAAAGAGAAGAGAAGGAAAGAGUAGAGAAGGAGAAAAAGGAAAGGGAUGAGAAAGAACAAAUGGAGAGAAAAGAAAGACUGGAAAAAGAGAGGGAAAGUUUGGAGAAAGAGAGGAAGAAAGAGGAAGGGGAGGGCCAACUGAAGAUGGGAGAAGAGGCUUUGCCCGUUGAGCCUGGACGAGAAACGAGGUCCCGGCGAAGCUCCGUUAGCUCAGAGAAGUCCAACUCCAGCACCAGCGUGCAGAGCAGGGGGAGCGUGAGAAAGAGCCAGAGGAAGACUGGGCCCAAAACAGAACCUGACCAGGAACAGCCCCCUACCCCCAAUGCGGGGGGGAGGGGGAGGAGAAGUGUGAAGGGGAGCACCUCUGGCUCAGCAGAGGUCGAGAGAGACCUGGACUAUGUGCCUCGUGAAACCGUACAGAAGGACAGUGCUAACCUGAGGACACCCCGGGCAAUGAACCGGGGCAGGAAAGCAAUUGAUUCUCAUCCUCAGGCGACAGAGGCGGACCAAAGUACACAGGAUGUAAAGACUCCAGAGCCUAAGGGAAGCACUAGAACUAGGGGCAGGAGUUGUAAAGUAGGCAAUUCUGAUUCAACCACAACCAAAAUUACGGAGCCGAAGCUAGUGGAGGCACCUACGCCUACAACAAGCAGAACGAGGGGUCGGUCUCGUAAAGUGAACGAUUCAAACUCAACAGCAGCAGAAGAUGACCAAACUACUGAGGUCUUAGAAACCUCAAGCAUAGAAAGUACAGCGCUUAAAGAAAAUGGUAGGGCAAGGGGUCGGGGUCGUAAAAUAAGCGAUUCCGACUCAACGGCAACAGAGGUAGGGCAAACUACAGGCAACAUGCAGACUUCAAGUGUAGAAACUUCUGCACCUAAGGCCAACAGUAGAGCAAGGGGUAAGGGUCGUAAAGUGAAUGAUUUGGGCUCAACAUCAGCAGAAAUGGACAAACCUGGAGAGCCUACAGAACCUACAAAGGAAGAAACUCAGAGCAAAGUUACUACUGUCCUUAAAGACAGCAGUAGAGUAAGGGGUAGGGGUCGUACAAUAAGUGAUUUGGGCUCAACGGCAGCAGAGCUAGAUCAAACUACAGGAAACAGGCAGACUUCAAGUGUAGAAACCCCUGCACCUAAGGCCAACAGUAGAGGGGCUCGGGCUAGGGGUUGCAAGAUUAGUGAUGGUGACAGAGCGACGGCAGAAGCAGACCAAACUACUGAGAUCUUGGAAACUUCAAGUGUAGAAACUACAGUGCUGAAAGAAAACAGUAGGGGUAGGGGUCGUAAAAUAAGCAUUUCGAGCUCAACGGCAGCAGAGGAAGAACAAAUUCCCGCCAACGUGUCAACUUCAAGUGUAGAAACUGCACCUAAAGCCAACAGUAGAGCAAGGGGUAAGGGUCGUAAAGUGAAUGAUUUGGACUCCACAUCAGUUGAAGCAGUCAAAACCGGAGAAUCUACAGAAGCUACAAAUGAAGAAACUCAGAGCAUAGUUACUACUGCACCUAGAGCCAACAGUAGAGCAAGGGGUAAGGGUCGUAAAGUGAAUGAUUUGGACUCCACGUCAGUUGAAGCAGACAAAACCGGAGAAUCUACAGAAGCUACAAAUGAAGAAACUCAGAGCAUAGUUACUAAUGCACCUAGAGCCAACAGUAGAGCAAGGGGUAAGGGUCGUAAAGUGAAUGAUUUGGACUCCACGUCAGUUGAAGCAGACAAAACCGGAGAAUCUACAGAAGCUACAAAUGAAGAAACUCAGAGCAUAGUUACUACUGCACCGAGAGCCAACAGUCGAGAAAGAGGGAGGGGUCGUAAGAUUAGUGAAGGUGACGUAGUGUCAGCAGACACGGACCAAACUACUGAGAUCUUAGAAACUUUGAGUGUCGAAACUACAGCGCCCAAAGAAAACAGUAGGGCAAGAGGUAGGGGUCGUAAAAUUAGUGAUAGUGACAUAGUGUCCGCAGACGUAGACCAAACUACAGAGGUUUUGGGAACGAGCGCAAUUGUUGAGCCCUCAAAAAGCACUGGCCGAGCCAGAGGGCAGAAGAGGGGUCUUGAGGUUGAAGGGGAGGAGGUAAUUGGCUCCUUCAAAGUGCCACGGGGCAAAUCGCGCAGGGGUGGGAAGGGAGGGGGGGCAGAGGAGGAGCACGGGGCGUGUGAGGAAGAGAAGGAGAUGAGAACUGAGCCCGGUCCACCUCUAGGUCGAGCGAGAGCGUCUUCUGCGCACGGGAGGAAGGAGCGGGAGCGGGAGGCGGGUGAGGAGGCCACGGGUCUUUCGGUUCAGGAAACGGGACGGAGGAAGCAGGCCGCGGCCUUGAAGAAGAAGGAGGAGGAUGAGGAGGAGGAAGAAGAAGAAGCGCCGAAUGAAGAAGAGGUCUCUGCUCCCAGUUCUGAAGAGCAGGACGUGCCUCGGACUCCUACGGGCAGAAACGUCCGGAAACGCACGGCCCCAAGCGAGUCCCCAACCGCUGCCAAGACCCCUCGUCGCUCCGUGUCCUGUGAGGCCUCCCCCGGGGGCGGCGGUCGAAGCAAAGGCUUCGCUCAGGCCUUUAAGGUGUUGUUCACAGGUGUGACCGACCCUGCAGGUGAAGCGGUGGUAGCCCGUCUAGGGGGCAGCAUGGCCAAGGGCGUUAAUGACAUGACCCACUUGGUGACGGACAAGGUCCGACGCACCGUCAAGUUCCUGUGCGCUGUGGCUCGCGGCGUCCCCAUCGUCACCACUGAUUGGCUGGAAAAGAGUGGGAAGAGAGGCAGUUUCCUCCCGCCCUCGGAGUUCCUGGUGAAGGAUGCGGAGCAGGAGAGGAAGUUCAGCUUCCGUCUGGAGCAGUCCCUGUGCAGCGCCCACGCCGAGCCGCUCCUGCAGGGCUAUGAGAUCCACGUUACACGCUCCGUGAAGCCUGAACCCGCCCAGAUGAAGGACAUUAUAUCCAGCAGUGGAGCCCGGUACCUCCCCAAGAUGCCGACGGUGCUCAAACCUCAGACAGUGGUGGUGUCCUGUGUGGAGGACGCCUCUCUCUGCGCCCCGGCCCUGUCGGCCUCCAUCCCCGUGGUCAGCGCAGAGUUCCUCCUCACGGGCAUCCUGCAGCAGAGGGCCGACCCCGUCGCCCACGCCCUCUCUGGCCCCGCGUUCCUGCCGGGGGCCAAGGCCGGGGCCCGCGGGAAGAGGAAGUGAGGACGGAGAGGGAGGGGUCCCCACCUACGCACCCCGAGCCGUGAACACGCCGAGAAAGAGGGGGAGAAAGACACGAGCAGAACGAAAGAGAGCGGGAGACUGCCAACUGCUGCCCUGCAGAUAUUUAUAGGAGACCAGUUGGGAUUUUUUAUGCUGCUCGUCUAGUUCGCCUGUUUCUCUCUCAGUCUGUCGUCUGUGUGUCUCUGGAGAGACACUGUGCCUUCGGUCCUUCUGUGCCUCUGCUUCAUUUUCACAUUUUAAUUUUAAACACAGAUAUUGUUUACUUAGUGCAUAUUAUAUGAAUGUUUGAAAAUGAAUGUUUUGUGAAUCAACAGUGGGAAUAGAGUUCUGAGAACACGACUGUAACUGCCGACUCGGAUUGUAAGCUUGCUUUAGUAUUAUGCCCACUGAUUCCCUCCGAUUGAGGGAUAAUAUAAAUAAGCCUGCCAGCGCUAACCUGUCAGUAGCUUUAAAGGUAUGCACCUGCACAUGGAUAAUGUAUAUAUACACACAGCUCACAAAUCCAUAUGAUUGUAAGUUCCUAUGUUGCCAUUAAACAAUUUUGUACAAAA